CAUCUAUCGGGAGAAUUCUCCAACACAAGGCCCUCCUCCGUUUCUUCUUCCACCGCGCCGCGCGCUAUGAAGGACGCACUGCAGCGCCUCCUCGACGGCCUUUGCUCCCUGUCGCCCGGUCGCCGCUCGAGAGCCGCCAGCUCCAAGGGGCCCCGCGUCGUCAUCCGCCGGGCCGCGUCCGCCAACCACGCCACGGCGCCGCAAGAGACUUCCGCGCCGCCGGCGCCCGUCACCAUCCGCGUGGCCACCUUCAACGCAGCCAUGUUUUCCAUGGCGCCGGCCGUGCCGCCGGCAGAGAACGGCGACGACUACUACCCGCGACGAACGGCCACCGCCGGAGCAGGGUGGCGGCGGCAGCGGCAGCGGCAGCCGAAGAAGGGCAUCCUUAAGGCGCAGCGGCGCCCGGCGUCCCCGGUGAAGCAGCUGCGCGUGUCCAUCAACCUCGAGGACGACGAGAUCACGGCGGAGAGAAGCAAGGACCUCGCGGGAGCCAGCAACGGCGGUGGCACGUGGAAGGGGAAGGCCGUGGCCGUGGACGACGCGAGCUUCGCGGAGAUCAGCAGGAGGUCGUCGGCGAGGGCCAGGAGCGUGGCGGAGGUGCUGCGGGAGGUGGGCGCUGACAUCGUGGGGCUGCAGAACGUGCGUGCGGAGCAGGAGCGCGGGAUGCGGCCACUGUCGGAGCUCGCCGAAGUUCUGGGCAUGCGCUACGUGUUCGCGGAGAGCUGGGCGCCCGAGUACGGCAACGCCGUGCUCUCCCGUUGGCCCAUCAAGCGCUGGAAGGCGCAUCGCCUCGCCGACCAGUGCGACUUCCGGAACGUGCUAAGGGUCACUGUCGAUGUGCCGGGAGCAGGAGAGGUGAACUUCCACUGCACCCAUCUGGACCACCUGGACGAGAGCUUGAGGAUGAAGCAGGUCAACUCCAUACUGCGAUCGGCCGACGGCCACCUCAUCCUCGCCGGCGACCUGAACGCGCUGGACUCCACCGACUACUCUGUCGAUCGUUGGGCUGAUAUCAUCAAGUACUACACGGAGAUCGGCAAGCCAACUCCAAAGACGGAUGUGAUGAGGUACCUGAAGGUGAAGAAGUAUGUCGACGCCAAAGACUUCACCGGAGAGUGCGAAGCCGUGGUGUUGGUGGCCAAAGGCCAAGCUGUGCAAGGGACGUGUAAGUACGGCACAAGGGUGGAUUACAUCCUGGCGUCGCCAAACUCCCCCUACAAGCUCGUCCCCGGAUCAUACGCCGUCAUCUCCUCAAAAGGGACAUCUGAUCAUCACAUCGUCAAGGCGGAUGUACGCAUCGCCGACGGUGCCGGCGCGGCCCAACGGAAUCGGAGGCAGAAGGUGGUGAGGAUGAGCAAGGGCUCAACGAAAGGGAUAUGGGCAGCUACGUAGCUUUGAUUUCAUUGUCCUUGUCUGUUGAAUAUGUUUUCCUCUGUUAUGUUUGUAAGAGUGUUGUUGCCUAGGUUCCUUUAUGUUCUGUAUAGUGCAUACAGAUACCGCUGAGAAUGGUUGUAGCGAGGAGUCAGGUUGUGUGAAAUGAGAACCAUCUUGUUUGACGAAGGAAGCUUUACACCAUAAUAAAAUAAUAUUUUGGCAGCGUGGGAG